UUGUUUAGUAUACAAAAGUAAACAGGAGUGAGUCCCUUGUGAGAUCCAUCUGAAUGCUAAAAAACAAUUCCAAUUCACUACAAAAUUCAGUGCCUGAUUCUUGGAAGACGAGCUUACCCUCCAUUUUUAUUUACUUAGGCGCUGAUGGACUUGUACAACCCAGUUUCUAAGUUAAAUCUUUUCUAGUAUUAUUCUUUGUAUUUGUACUUGCUUUCAUUUACUAAAUAUGUCCCAGUUGGCGAAACUGGGUCUUUCCACUCUUUUCUUUUCAUACGAGAACCCUUUUACUUAUUGAUCAAGAUAACUUCCAUUACAAGGUACCAACGUUUAGUUUCAAAACUUUUUUGUACCCAUAAAUCAUAUUAAACCACGUUAUUUCGUAUGACUGAAAGGAAACGAGAUUUGUAUUUCGGAUUCAGUUGAUCGUCUAAGAGAAGAGAAUCUGAUAUUCAUACCGGUAAAAAAAAGACUUCUAUCUUGCAAAAUAAAGCAAUCGAUUUUUCUAUAAUUUCUAUAAUUUGGAAAACCCAUCAAAGUGCUUUAAAUGCACUAUUGAAGCCAUUAAUAAACGCAAUGGCUCAACCUGAUGACUUGCAAAAAAAGACGACGACGCGAGUGUUAAAAAAUUCAAAGUCUUUGAAUUCUAUAGACGUCAAAAAUAAAGAAAGUAACCUAUGAAAGACUACCAAAGGAAUCUUCUACUAUAUAUCCAAAACAUCUUUGGAUAUACAUUUACGGUACUCCACCACGAUUUAAAAGCCAUCCUUAAAAAUGGAUUGUCUUCGAACCAGUGAAAGGUCGAGUUUAGUAAAUUCCCCAUUCCCUUUAAUAUGACAGAAAAACAGGAAGCUUCUCAAGAAAGUCAAUGUCCGGUAUCACCAGAAGUUCGUGACGCCUGGCUUAAGAGUCAAUCCGAAAAAAAUAAAGCACAACCUCACCCACCGGCGUCACCUGUAGAACUUUCGACGGAUCGUGAAAUAUCUGGAAUUCCCAAGGCAAAGACCGAUCCCAACGAUCAGGAAGAAGCAAAAUGGAUAUACCCUUCUCAAAAAAUGUUCUUUGAAGCCAUGAAACGGAAAAAUUGGAAUCCUGAUGCCAGUGACAUGAAAACAAUCGUUCCCAUACAUAACGCAGUCAACGAGAAAGCAUGGAAAGAAAUUUUAGACUGGGAAAAGGGAUGGGGAUCAGAAUCUUGUGGGGGACCCAGACUCGAACAAUUUCAAGGAAACGUAAAAAAGCUGACCCCAAAGGCACGAGUGCUUAACUUCUUAGGUUACAAUAAACCUUUUGACCGACAUGACUGGCUAGUCGAUAGAUGUGGUCAAAAAGUUUGUUAUGUAAUAGAUUUCUAUAAUGGACCUAGCGUACAAGGCGUCCCAAGUAUGUUCCUUGAUGUUCGUCCAAAACUUACUGUCCAUGGUGCCUGGAUGCGCUUUUACCGUUGGUCCAGUCAAGCUAUCUUUCAAGGGAAGACUAAUCAACAAUAAAUUGGAUAAUAUCAACCAACCAACCACUCCUUUCCGGAUCUAAUAACAAAGUGUUAACGUCCUAGUCCCCUAUAAAAAAUAAUAAAAAAGAUAUCCUUCUUUUUGUAGUCUGUUCUUGUUAAUGAAAUUUAUAUCCCAUAUUAAUUCAUAUAUUUUAU